AUGAGGGGGGAUGCUCAUGGCCAUGAACGUUUGAGGUCGCACGAACAGCCGGCGGGAUCACAUGUUUCGGGUCGCGAUGCACUCGCACUCAAUACAACGCUUGCCCUCGCGAACGCAGGGGAGGGGGAGCAGGGGAAGCCGGACAAGGAGGAGGGCUCGAGCUCUGACCGCGAUGAGGACGCCCCUGUAAACGCGACGCAGGGUCUAGGUGCCAAGAAGGCGCGGGAGGAGGCCGACGAGGCAGAGGGACAGGGUCGCGGACAGGACGAAGGGGACGCUGCGGAGGAUGACCAGCGCGGUGAUUUGGAGCUGGAGGGUUCGGAAGAACUGGAGGGGGAAGAGGACGACGAAGAGGAUGAGGAAGAGGAGGAAGCAGUGGAGGAAACCCUCGCGACCAACAAUGCCGGGCGGGCGGCGAGCGCGGUCGUGGGUGCAGGGAAGAGUAUUCGUGGUCUGCAGGCUGUGCUGUCCCCCCAUCACGGUAGCGCGACCCCGUCUACAGAGUAUGCGGGCAAGAGUCCGGUCGCCGGCAAGCGUAAACACUCGGAGCUGGUGAAGAUGGAUCCUGCUAAGCUGGCCGCGGAGAUCCUCCGCUUGGACGAGCAGGUGAAAAAUCAGAAGCGCAAGCUGGACGAGGUCGUGUCCGCAAAGCCAGGCACAGAACACGCGGUGGUGAUCACGCAGAGCUACGACGAGCUCGUGGCUACGGUGGAGAAGGCGCUGCUUCACGUGCAGAACACGGAACGGGUGAUGCGCAGGGAAGCCAAGCUGGCCGCGAAGGACAGGGCGGAGAAUCGCGACAUGCGGGAGGUGCUGAAACGCGCUGCUGUCCGCUUGGAAGAUUGCGCGGCUAGCAUGAAGGGGGUGGUUGUGGACUCCAUGGAGAACGCCCAGAAGAAGCUGACGGAUGAGGUCGCCCGUAAGAUCGACGGCGCGUCAUCCAACAUCGCAGGAACCGCCGAGAAAGCGAUCACCACAAGCGGCGUCACCAACUCUCUCAACAUCAUCAUCGCGAUGCUUUCCGGGCGUGACGCACCGCGACUAGUCACCGAUGGGCCGCAGGGGAAGGAGUCACACGAGGUCGCGGAGAAAGAGGCAGGGAAGAGGGUCGCGGAGAAAGAAACGGUGAAGAGGGAGACAGGGAAGAAGGCUGCGGACAAGGACACAGGUAAGAGGGUCGCGGACAAGGACACAGGGAAGGGUGAGAGCAGCAGGGGAGGGAAGCGGCAGAAAGGUCCCGUGGCGACUAGCGUCACAGAUCUCCUUAAGAUAGGGGGCGCGGUCGUCGUGCGUGCAGCGGGAACCACCAGGGUGGAUGCGGCUGCCGGACCACCGCCUGCCCCCUCGGCGGUUGAAGCUGCUAAAGGCAAGGGCAAGGUCGAGGACGCCCCGCCAAACACCACCCCCACCACCACCGCCAACACGACCGCGACAGUGCCCGCGGCUGGUAACACCUCCGCGGUCGCUGAUGGACAGCCUGGACCCAGCUCCAUCGCCCCUGCAAUCCCCCCCUCUGCAGAUGUGAAGGCGAAGAAUCAGGGCCGCAGUGGUUGUAAGCCGCCUCCGGCCGCGUUGAAGGCGGAACACGAGGACGACGACGACUCGGACGAGAAUGAUGUUGUUGAGCUGGUGUGGCAGAGGUUCAUGGGGCCAAGCGACACCAGCGGCACUAGCGGCAAGCGCAAGGGCUGUGGUAUCCACCCUCCGCCCAGGGGUGGAGAGGGGAUGGUGGGCGAACCGUGGCUGGGGGGGAGGCGUCGCUGGCUGGGACAUCACUCACUCCAGGAGGUGCAGUACCUGACCGCGAUCGCGGUCAUGUGUUACGACAAGAAGACUGACCCCGGCCUCAAGCUGACUGCGCAGCAGAGGAGUGAGUGGGCCGAGGACAUCUCCGCGGCCGGGACGAUGUGCACCGGGCUAUUCGCCACCAUGCACCUCCGCAACCUUUGCGGCAAUGUUGACAGGUACCACCACAUGUUCAAGGCCUACCGCGACUUCACCCGUCCCGGUUCCACCCUCGGUAACGCGGUCGCUUGGGCAGCCGCGGUGGGAAAGGAGGCUGCAGACGAGGAGCCCGAUGUCACCGGGGACCAAGUGGGCCUGUUUGCUGGCGCGGUCGCGUGGUGGUAG